AUGGAUUUAUUCUAUAAAAUCAAAGAAAUUACUGAGGAACAAUCCCCUCCAGAUAUUGCUCAUAUCAAAAUUCGAGAAUUUGAUUUAGGAGUCGCUUCUUGCUUUAGAUUAGGUCUACAGGGCGAAUUAGAGAGUAGGGUAAAAUUGGGAAAUCCAUCCUCUCUUCAAGACGCGAUAAAUAUAGCAAUAGAAGCGGAACGCAAUUUAAAUCACCGAAAUAAACUUUUCGGGAUUUCUGGAAAUAAUAAGAGCGCAGCGAAUUCUAACACACGUGUUUCCGCUCGUGAAUCUAGAUAUGAUAAAUUUCAUAAUGAAAAAAAUAAAGCGGUAAAUCAUAUUCAGGAAGAAAAGAGACCACGCAGUUCUCAAAGGCAGAAAAGCGAUUAUGAUUCGCGUGCCUCGAGUAUCGAUUGUUAUACAUGCGGGGAGCGUGGUCAUUAUUCUCGAAACUGUCCUCGGAGAACUGGGCCCAAACGAAAGAGAAGUAGGAGUCGAAGUAGAGGAAGGGGUGAACCAUCAUAUAAAGAAAUUAAAUGUGGAUAUUGCCAAUAUAGGGGACACGAAAGUCGUAACUGUUUUAGGCGCAGGGCAGAGGAAACGGAAAAGAAAUUAGAACGCUUAGAAGGGGAGAUAAAAUCGGAAAAACCUAACAUGCCUUUAAACUCCCAACAGGCUCGCCGCCAGGGUGCCACGACGAGCUGGAACAAUUCGACAGCGCGCCAACCCUAA